AUGUCCUUGAGCUACUGGGUUCUGGAGGACCAUACCGUCAUUUUUAUUUUUUGGGACCUGUUAACGGACAGUGCUCAUGAGACAAAGCCGGAUUGUUCCCAAGCAGCGGUAUCGCAGACGGAGCAGGCUUUCCAAUCCAAGGAGAUGCUUGCGGGCCCCGACCCGCCAGUGAAGAAGCCUAAUAACCAAAAGAAGAAGAAAAAAACUACUCCUGUGCACUUCGAGCCAAGUGCAUGGAACAUUCCACUGGUGAUUGGCUUGGCCGAUGUGGGCUGGGUGGAUGCCUUGGCAGCCUUGCUCCUCAUCGCAGUGAACGUUGGCAUGCAGAUUGCAUUUCAGCCAUUCUCCUGUCCGAGCCUUUCAUGGGAGAGACCUUCGACGAGAAUGUGGACAGCGCCAGAAUAUGGCGAAGGAGCGUGGCCCACGACGAUGCCUACGUCGACCUGGCAG